AUGGUAUUCAUUCUUCGCAAUGAAUCUGAUAUUAAGCGCUUUGCUAUAGAUUGGUAUAGAUAUCAAGAAGAUGAAGAUAUUGUGAUGAAAAAUGUUUAUAGAUGGAUUGUUCAAGCUGUUAAGCGCAAUGUUGAAGAAAUGAGGUUAGAAAUCCGUCAAGGUCAUCCAGAUGCUCUUGAAAUUCCUCAUCAACUUGUUAAUUGCAAGUCACUGGUGAAUUUGAAAGUGCAACCUCAAGAAAUUUUAUACAAGCGACUUGGUAGUACAGACAAUGUUAUCAAGUUGACUACUCCAAAUAUAAAAGCUUUCGAGUGCACGUCUUGCGUGACUCAAUUAUAUUCUCUAGAAAACUGUUCUCUUCUAUCCGAGGUAUCUUUUGAUUUUAGGCUCAAAGAAAUAGUUUUAGGUGAGAAUGUAGAAGCAUAUUGUAGUUUUCUCUCACAGGAAGAAGUGGUUCUCUCAAGAGCGUAUGACUUAUUAGACUCUCAACAACAACCUUGCUUGUUUAAUGUGCGAUCUUUGUAUCUGAAAAUGCGGUCUACAAGAGGUUGCUUGCGGUUUAUAGCGUACUUGAUCAAGAUUUCUCCUCGGGUACAAAGUACACUUCUUUACACCAAGCAGUCAAAUUUAGUGGACGUCGGGGAAGAUUGGGAAGCAGGGUUGUCAUCCGAGGGGAUGUUGUCUCGCCUCACUUAUGUUUGUUUCUGCGAAGUGGAAGGAUGUGAUGCUGAGCUCAAACUUUUGAGUUUUUUGUUAAAACAUGGUCAGGUUUUGACAAAAGUUGCUGUCCUUCUGUGCUGGUACUUGCUCGCUCGAUGGAGAAAGGGAACUAUUUCUAGAGAAGGUUAG